ACCACAGAGCUGUCAGAAGAAGCUCUGGUGCUUGUUUCAACACGACUGGAGGAGCUCACCUCCUCUGAAACGCAACGCCUUCGUGACCUCAUCGAGGCCCAGCAGGAGGAGGAAGACCAGGCCAGGAGGAGGAGGAGGAGGAGCCGUUUCUCGCUUCUGCUUUUGUUUGACUGCUUCUCCGCCAUCCACAUUCAAACAGGGGGGUGGGCACACGGGUGGCCGCGGGAGUGGGCUGUGUGCAGCUCAAAGAGGAAGACACACGAGUGCUCGAAAUUGAUGGCGAGCGCCGAGCUGAACGGGCACACGACCCAAGGUGCGGCCCCGAUGGAGGCUGCUGAAAAAGCCAGGAAUGAAGAUGGCGCAGCUGCUGAGAAGACUUUAAAUGAUGAGGAUGAAGAGGAUGAGGAAGCGCACGCGCAGGAGGGAAGCCCCGAUAUUCAGCGUCACUUGUUAGAUAUCUAUGCGGAGGAUGUGCAACAGGCCGGCCUCCCGCCGUCAGAUUUCCCAGAGUCGCUGUACGAGCUGCUGUGCACGCUGCAGGAGGGCCGCCGGCUCAACGACCAGCGCUGCUCCUUCAUGCUGGAUGGCGGCAUGAGGAGGCGAUGCCACUCCGAGCCCAACGCCGCCAAGCCUUCGCACAGGGUGAUCUUCUCAUCCAUGACGUCGCUGCAGCGCGAGGAGUUUUUCGAACUGGUGGCCAGGGCGCAGGCACGCCGCCUGGAUGAGCAGCGGGCGCAGCUGCAAAGGUCGCCUCGGGGCAAGCGGAAAGGCCGAAGCUUCCGAGGAAGUCUCAAGCAACUCUCGUUGGCCAGGAGAGCCCCCAAGAUGCCCGCCAAGGAGGAGCUCUACGACAUGAUCCUCACCACGCAGGCUCAAGGCAGGCUGGAGGAACAGCGUAGCCGGGCUCCGGGCCCCAUGGAUGACGACGACUUCUUCUCGCUGCUGCUGAGGGUCCAGGGUGGACGCAUGGACGAGCAGAGGACUGAACUGCCUUGCAUCCUGCAAACAUGACCACCAGGACGAUGACAACAGCAACAAAAAGAGCUUGAAAUGUGAAAAAAAAGUUUUGAAAUUUGCGUUUUGCUUGCUUAAAGUUGCACACCUUCUUGAAUGUCUGCUUGAGGUGGGGGUGGGGGGGGACUUGUGUUUGAUGACUGGGAUUGUUCUCAGCCUAACAUUUCAUUAAAGGAAAAGUGCAUCC